AGGAUUACCCACUCACCAACUAGGAUCACCGCCCCCCCCCUCCGCCCCCCAAUUCCAUCAGCUAAACCAGACACACAUACAUACAACUCCAAUCUCUUUCUCUCUCCCCCCUCCCUCCCUCUCCUUCUCUCUCUCUCUCUCUCUCUCUCUCUCUCUCUCUCUCUCUCUCUCUCUCUCUCUCUCUCUCUCUUUCUCUCUCUCUCUUUUUCUCUCUUUCUCCCUCCAUCCCAUACUCUUUCUCUUCCUCUCUCCCUCCCUCCCCCUCCUUUUCUUUCUCUCACUUUCUCUCCCCCUCUUUCUUUCUCCCUCUCCCUCCUCUCCAUCUCCCUCCUUUUCCUCCCCCUCCUCCUGCCCACUAAACACACAGGAACACACAGUGCCAGUUUGCCCGCUCCUCCCUUGGCCCUUCCCACUGGGAGGGAACUAUAAAGGACCUGUCUCUCUCGGUACCUCUGUACGGUAGACACUGCUCGCUCGGCUCCCUGGGUCAAGAUCUCUAGGUCAUUUUUCCUUUGGCCAAUCAGAGGGUCUCUAGAAGUCCCUCCCUGCAGGACUGAUGGCUGCCAAGAAGGCCCUACUUGUGCUGGCUCACUCGGAGAAGACCUCCUUCAAUUAUGCUUUGAAAGAAGCCGCCGUGGAGGCUCUAAGUAAGAAAGGAUGGAACGUCACAGUGUCGGACCUGUAUGCUAUGAAUUUCAAUCCAUUAAUCUCCAGGAAGGACAUCACAGGUGCCCUAAAGGACCCCGAGAACUUUAAGUACCCAGUGGAAUCCACGCAGGCUUACAAGGAGGGCAGGCUGAGCUCAGACAUUGUUGCAGAACAGAAGAAGCUGACAGAUGCAGACCUGGUGAUAUUUCAGUUCCCACUACAGUGGUUCGGGGUACCUGCUAUCCUGAAGGGUUGGUUUGAGAGAGUUUUAAUUGGAGAAUUUGCCUAUACCUAUGCCAACAUGUAUGACAAUGGGCCCUUUAAGAACAAAAAGACUGUGCUCUCCAUCACCACCGGAGGGGCUGGCUCCAUGUAUUCACCAAUCGGUGUCCAUGGGGACAUGAAUAUCAUCCUCUGGCCAAUCCAGAGUGGUAUUCUGCAUUUCUGUGGCUUUCAAGUCUUGGAACCUGAACUUACCUACAGCAUUGGGCACACUCCAGCAGAUGAACGGCUUCAGAUCCUGGAAAAAUGGAAAAAACGCCUGGAAAACAUCUGGGAAGAGAAGCCAUUGUCCUUUACUCCAAGCAACUGCUUUGACCUCAACUUUCAAUCAGGAUUCUUGAUGAAAAAAGAAGUGCAGGAAGAAUGUAAAAACAAGAAAGUUGGGCUUUCUGUUGGCCACCACAUGGGCAAAAGCAUCCCAACUGACAACCAGGUCAAAGCCAAGAAAUAAGACAUCAUAAAACUUAUUUUCCUCCAAGAAUUUUUAUUUUUUAUUUCAUUUUUAAAACCUUUUUGACCUGGAUUUUUAGGACUCCUCCCUCUUCUGUUUUGGGGGGUUGAAUGAGAGAGAUAGUUCAGGGGCACUCAGAAGCUUUGAGAUUACUUUUCUAUUUGUGUUCUUAACUUUUACAGGUGCAAAGGAUUGUCCCCUAGGUUGACUAACCCUGAUGUAAUCCCUAAUUCUUUUUGUUAAUUAAAUUUUACCCAUAUACUAUGUCAAAAUACAUUUUUAUUAUUAAAGUACUGGUUAGAAUUAUGUAAGUAGGACAUCAUGCACAUAUUAAAAAAUAAAAACAUUUAUUCACAUUAA